GGGCCCAGCCUGGCCCCGGCCCCGCUGCCCUGACCUCCGACGCGGCCUGGAAAGAUCGAGAGAGGAGGUUAGAAACUCCCACCUUCUCCCCGCUCCACAUCAGGCGCUACGAACCAUACUGCGAGGCACGGCGGGUCCCAACACCCAACAAGGUCCUGGUGACCCCACCAGCCGACGGGCUGCAGCGGAAGAAGGACCUGGGCGUCCGGACGUAGCUUUGAUGAGUGCCGAGGCGGCAGGUCCCGUCGAGACUUGGAAACCUUUCUUCCCCGAGGCACAGAACACCCUCCUCCCCCCAAACACUCCCUUGCUGCCCACUCCAUGGCCAAGCUCCUCGACCCAGGACCGAUGAAGUUGGAGACCACACUGCAGACUGGACUACUGAUGCUGGGAAUGAAGGAGAAUCCAGAAUUAAAGACAAUCCAGGCUACUCUGUCUAGGCAGGGGGUAGAACACCAGUAUCUCCCCUCUGAGGAUCUGAAGCAACGUUUCCCCAAUAUUCGGUUGGCCGGGGGAGAAGUGGGGCUCUUGGACAAGUCUGGAGGAGUUCUCUAUGCAGACAAGGCCCUCCGGGUCCUCCAGGAUGCAAUUCGACAGCUAGGGGGCACAGUGUGUGAUGGAGAGAAGGUGAUAGAGAUAAAACCUGUGCUACCAGUCGUGGUGGGAACCACCUCCCAGAGCUACCAAACCAAGAGCUUGAUCAUCACAGCAGGUCCUUGGACCAACCGGCUCCUCCGUCCCCUGGGACUUGAGCUGCCUCUCCAGACCCUGCUGAUCAAUGUGUGUUACUGGCGAGAGAAGGUUCCCGGAAGCCAUGGUGUGUCCCAGGGCUUUCCAUGCUUCCUGGGCCUUGGCCUGGCUCCCCACCACAUCUACGGGCUGCCCUCCAGAGAGUACCCAGGGCUGGUGAAGGUCUGCUAUCACCACGGCAACAAUGCCGAUCCGGAGGAGCGGGACUGCCCCACGGCAUUCUCAGACAUCCAAGACGUCCAGAUCCUGAGCCACUUUGUCAGAGAUCACUUACCUGACCUGGAGCCGGAGCCUGCCAUUAUGGAGCGCUGCAUGUACACGAACACCCCUGAUGGGCACUUCAUUCUCGAUCGACACCCAAAGCACGCCAACAUUGUCAUUGGUGCUGGAUUCUCUGGGCAUGGAUUCAAACUGGCCCCUGUUGUGGGGAAGAUCCUGUAUGAGUUAAGCAUGAACUUAACACCAUCUUAUGACUUGACACCUUUUCGAAUCAGCCGCUUCUCUGGCCUGGGCAAAGCCCACCUUUGACCCCUGGCUGGCAGCCUCCCUUCCGUGCACAGGAGCUGGGAAUAAAGCCCUCUGCUAAGAAAGGCUUCUCAGAUAAAAGAAGUGGCUGGGAGAUAUCACCCUUUUCUCCUGCCUCUCUUGAGGCCCCUGUAAGCACCAGAUGAUUGAAUCUACCUUCUUCCCCUGGCCAGCUCCCCAAUCCCACUACUUUUUUGCUUCCUAAAGGUGAAUCAGAUAUUCUCUAAUCACAGAGCAGCAAGGACUUUUGAGAUGGAUGUCUCAAUAAGGAGGGGCAUAAGGACUGGCUCAGGAGACGACAGCAGCUGUUAAAAAUCUCUUUGCUGGGACAUUUGAUGAACUUGGGCUGGGUUUGACUACAGCUGCCCAGGGGAGGGUAAACAAGAUGAUUUGCAGAUCACUACUGCCCUUGGAGUUCCUUUUCUUAAAACUGGAGCCACUCUCCAUCACAAACUCCCACAAAAUUUGGCUCAUCUUUGGUACACAAUAAAUGUUUGUUGAAAAAAAUGUGUUGAACAAACAGAUAAAUAACUGCAUUGCAUUAAAGUCUGUGGUGGGCU